AUGCAGAAAUUUGAUUUAGAGCUUUCAAGAAAGGCAAACCCUCUGCUCUUCAGUCCGGAACGAUACGAAGAAUAUCCACUAAAGUACGAUGAACUAAAGGAAUAUCUCUUUUCACAAAACCCAUCUCAUCCUCACCAUAACAAUAGGCCAUACACCUCAGUUGAUUACUUUGACUAUCUAUUAUAUACAAGUAAAAAUGAUAACUCAGAAAUAGACCUCGAUAGAAAGCUGGUAUCUGAAUUUGCAUUAUAUUACGUUCAGAAAAAUCGCCGCAACUCUGAUGAUUCAGCGCCCACGCUUAAUGAUUUAUUGAAAUUAAAACUUGGCUCUAAGGAAUGGUACGAAAUGAUGCUAGAAAUUCUUGAAUCUAUCAACACCACAGGGAUGAACCAGCUAACCAGAGAAAACAAAAAUAAUAGUUUCCCAAAUUCUAAAAGGGCCAAGUCCUCCACCAACACGGCCGGUGUUGACAACUUCAAUAGCAGUACCAAUCACGCUGCCGAUGCUACCGAUGACACGGAUGAAGUGCUGCAAGAAUUGACCUCCUUUUUGAUGUCAAACUCUAUUCAAAAAGGUAUCGAUAUCAAACCCAUCCCAUUAGACGACCCUGUGAAUUUUUUGAAAAAUGGUAUAAAUUCAAUUUUGAACACUUGUGUCAACCUGGAAAAGACUACACCGUUACUAUCCGCUUCAUCUAACCCUUCCGCAGAUCAAGAGAAAAAUACUUCUAACAAACUAGAUGAGUUGGAGACGGCGUUUAAUGAUUUGCAACUGGCACAUAAUUUUUUGACUAAGCAAUUUGAAAACGAUCGUGCCGAAUACGUACAAGACAUUGAAAAACUGACACGAACUAACAGGGAGUUGCAAGAUAGACUACUGAACUAUCAUUCGAAUUUGAAUAAAACAGAAAAAAAAAUAUACGACUUAGAACAAAUGAAUAAAGAAUUAGAGGAAGCAAACAGCAAGUUGAGUUCAAACAAAAGUAAUUUUAGUAUAUCAUCACCGGUGAGCUCGCCAGCUACGUGGGAUCCGGCUUCUCCCUCUUCUAUAGGAAGUCCAACAGGUGGCUCUGGAUCACGCUCACUUUCAAUAAUGACAGGUGAAUUUAAAAAAGUGUUGACGAGUACGCAAAGAAAAUAUGAAAGGGAACUGGCCGAAGAACGUGAACAUAGAUACAAACUAGAAAAGGAAUUAGCUAUGCUGAAAAGUGAAAAGGAAAACACCUCAUUUGCACUCAGUGAUGCGCAACAAUCAGAUAUGCUAUAA